AUGGCUCGUUUCUACGGUCUGCGUGGGCACAAGCUCAACAGGCUGAUGCUUUUCACCGUUGUCGGACCAGCCUUCCUGCUGUUGGGAUACAACAACGCCUGCGCUGGUGGUCUUCUCAACCUACCAGAUUGGGUCGAAACAUUCCCCCAGAUCAACACUGUCUCCACAACCGGUCGUCGGGCGGCACAUAACUCGACCAUUCAAGGGACCGCGGUAGCGUCAUACACACUCGGAUGCUUCAUGGGUGCAUUUUCAUGUAUCUUUGUGGGUAACAAGAUUGGCCAAAGCCUUGCCUUCUUGCAGCUGUGCGGAGUGAAUGCCAUUUCAUUUUAUAUCGGGCCGACCAUUGAGCUUGACCUGGCGCUGUCCGGACGCAUCGCUAGCAUCCUUGGAGCAAGCGUGUUCACUUGGCAGACACUGUGCUCCUUGAUAGCAGUCUACACGAUCGACAGGCUUGGUCGACGCAAGUUGAUGUUGUUCUCCGCCAUCGGCAUGGGAUGCUGUAUGGCGAUAGCAGCCGGAACAGCGUCCUAUCCCGACAACUGCGCGGCCAUCAUUGUUGCUGGAAUUUGUCUCUUUAUGUUUUCAUUCUUCUUUCCCAUCGGGUUUCUGGGCCUGCCUUUCCUCUAUUCUGCUGAGGUCGCGCCGGUCCGAGCGAGAGUCCUCAUAACCGCAAUCUCCACCAGCACGACAUGGAUACUGAACUUCAUGAUAGCCGAGGUCACUCCUGUUGGAUUUUCUCACAUCCAUGCACGAUACUUCGUCAUUUACGCCUGCAUGAACUUCGGUCUCAUCCUCCCGACCGUUUAUUUCUUCUUCCCCGAAACAGGAGGCAGAUCUCUUGAGGAGAUAGAUGAGCUGUUUGCAGCCUCGACAGUAUUCAAUGUCGUAAAGAACUCAAAGGUCUCUGGGGGUGGCGUAGAUGUACCACUAGAGCAACAACCUGAACGUAUUGGGAAGGUUCCCGAGGAAAUGGUAGAGACACGAAAUAACUUGUAG